AUGGCUACUACACCUGCCCCCAACCCCCGCGCUUCCCUCCUUGCUGGUCUUCGCACGGGCGGUGUUCGUUCGGCUUCUGGCCCUACCGGCAAUGUGCCUCACACUGCUGCACCUGCAGGCGCAUUCAAUAUCCCACGCAUCGUCUCUACUCCACACAAUGAGAUGCUCUACAUUCAAGAGGAAGAAGCAGACGAGCUUCCCGGCAUGGCACAUAAUUUGUACAUUAGGAACAACACCACCCACCUCCAGCAUCCCAUGACCGCUGCUGUAGAUGGCGCUGCCAACAGGUUUGCCCAGCAACAAGCAUUCGGCACGAACGUGGGUGGGGGCUAUCCGAUGACGCCUGCUGAGGCUCAGAGUCAACUUCAAAAUCUGCAACUACGGAUGAUGCAGAUGGAAAUUGCUAGGCUUCAGGCGCGUAUUUCUUCAUCGCUCAUGAGUUUUUCUGUAACUGAUAUGUACGCUAUACAGACCAUUCAAGCCCAGCAAUACCAAGCCGAGCUCGUUGCUCAGGCUCAGCGCCAAAGGCAGCAACAACAACAACAGCCCGCGAGGCGCAGUAGUGUUGGGUUUGUUCCUCCAGCCACCGCAGGCCCUGCUCACACAUCGUUCGACCUACGUGUCGCCGCUGCGAAUGCGCAGACACGUCGCGUCAACCAGGCCGAUCAGCUGCGAGCCAAGCUUGGUGUCGACGAUCAAGCUCACCUGCCGAUGACCGCGGCCAUUGGUGGCAAAUUUGGGAGUCGCAUGGUUUCCACGCGCUAUGACUCAGAUGAAGAUGACUUUGCUCCUUCCAGUGCAAAGCCUCCAUCUACUCCUAACCACACAACUGUCAUUAGUGGUGGCACCUCAUUAGGCUAUCCUUCAUCUAAUAACGUCAAUGGUGCUGCACCUUCCAAAUCCGAUGCAGCAGUGUCUUGGAGGCGUAGUGCAGUCAAUCACUCGGUUCUAGGCGGUAAUCGUGCAGCAUCUUCCCCCUUGGUCAGAAUAACGCCGCCACCGGGCGAACCAGUCUCUCCUACCUCUGGUCCGGGGUCUGCCAAGGCCAGGCCUCUUCCCCUCCAGCUGAGCGCGGCAGCUUCCAAACCCAUGUCUGCCACUGUUGCUGUAGACGACUCUGAUGGCACAUGUGUAGAUGAUUCCUCAUCGGUUUCAUCCAGAUCCAAUUCGGCCCCCAGCACCCCCGAUAGCGAUUCCACUCGUGAUGAUCCCAGGCUUUCUCCACGUGAAGAAGCAGUGAAGAAGCUAUAUGAGGGGCUUGGGAUUGGUCGUGCCAUCCCUACCAUUACCGUUGCUGAGCCGCAGGAUGCCCCCGUGGUCGUGCAGAGAAGUCACCCGACUCGUCAGCCCCGUGGCCCGCCGUCAAACAACGAUGAACUGCUUCCAAAGAAUUUCGCUACCCGAAGCAGGAGGAAGGCUAUCGGAGCCCUUGAAGCCCUCAUGGACGCUCGUGAGAGGCGCGAUGUCGAGGUAUUCUGA